AUGGCUAAGCAUCUAUGGGACAUGUCAGUCCUGGUCAACCGGAGUGUGACUGGGGCUGUCUGUCCACGACUUGUAAAAAAUGAUGGCGAACCAAAGGCGGCCCUGACUCCUAAAAAGCUCCAGGCCAUCUCAAAACCUUCAGUUUUGAAGCCCGGUGCCACAUGCCGAGCUUUACAGCACGGGCUAGAAAAUUGCGAAAAUAUUAACGGAAAAGUUAUUGUAAUGGCUGGCACCAUCGACAUCAAACAGAAUCGAGCCCUUCGAAGAGGGGGAGACGAGUGGCCGUCCUACGUUGAACGACUGCAGGCGUUUUUCGAGGCAAACGACGUUGGAAAUGAUAAGAAAAGGGCAAUUUUCUUCAGCAGCUGUGGUCAGAAAACUUAUUCAUUGCUUCGCGACCUACUCAAGCCGGCAGCGCCACAGGACAAGUCGCUGGACGAGGUACUGGAAGUUCUUGGGAAACACUAUUGUCCGAAGCCAUCCGAGGUUGUCCAGAGGUUUCGCUUCAAUUCACGAGUUCGAACGAAAGGCGAGUCCGUUAGUGACUUUGUUGCGGCAUUGAAGAGCCUUUCCGAACAUUGCAGUUUCGGCAGCGAACUUGAGAACAUGUUGAGAGACCGUGUUGUUUGCGGAAUUGAUAAUCAAGCCCAGCAACCCAGCCUCACGUUCAAAAGUGCAGUGCAGACUGCUUUGGCCAUGGAAGCGGCGAAGAGUGACGCCGGAGAAAUUUGUCAAGCGAGUACAAGUAGUUCGUUUCCGACGCAUCGUGUCGUGUCCGUUGGUGAAGUCACCUGUUUUCGUUGUGGUGAUGGACAGCUGGCAAAUCAGUGCAAAUACGCUAGUAGCAUUUGCAAUUUCUGUCGCAAACGGGGGCAUCUGGCGCGGGUGUGUCAUUCAAAGCAAAAGAAGAACACUUCUGCCCACAAGCAUUUCCAAGAGCCAGCAGGCCGAAGAUCAUCUCCGAAGGGUCUACGUGUGAAAAAGGUUAAGACCUUUGGUCAACGCCCGUUUCCCGUGAACGCAGUUGGGGAAGAUGAGGAUGUUGAGACAUCGUCGGAAGUGUUUGACAUGUGGCAUCUGUCUGACGACGCGUUGUCGCCACCACCACCGUUCACCGUUGUGGUCAACGUCUGUGACAAGCCACUGCCUAUGGAAGUGGACACGGGAGCGAGUGUGUCCGUGAUGUCCAAGAACACCUUCCAGGAACUUUUACCGGAUGUAACUGUCAAUCCGUCGAAAGUUUUGUUGCGAAGUUACACUGGCGAGCUGAGCCAGGUGCAAGGACAAGCCAAUGUUUGUGUACAGUUCUGUGACAAAUCAGCAGUUCUUCCUUUAUUUCUCACCGGGGAUCGUUCUCCUACAUUGCUGGGACGCAAUUGGAUUCAGCAGCUGGGAAUUGGCAUCGCAGAUGUCCAAGUGAACAAGUGUUCGCUUUCUGAUGUGAAGAGUCUCAUCCACGAAUAUUCUGAGCUAUUCAGUAAUGGUCUGGGGCAGUAUAAAGGUCCAGCAGCCACAAUUCAUGUUCUUGAGUGCUCGUUGCCAAAGUUCUUUAAACCACGACCACUGGCAUUCGCCUUGAAGGAGGGAGUCGCCGAAGAACUUCAAAGAUUGCAGCGGGAUGGAGUGCUGGCCCCUGUGAAGUCAUCAGAGUGGGCGGCUCCUAUUGUCCCUGUACCAAAGAAGGAUGGUCGCGUGAGAGUGUGUGGAGACUUUAAAGUUACCGUAAAUCCAGUGACACAACUUGAGAAGUAUCCAAUUCCACGGAUUGAAGACCUGUGGAAUAUACUUUCAGGAGGUGAGAAGUUUACCAAGUUGGACUUAAGGGAUGCAUACCAACAAGUGAUCCUUGCCGAGGAGUCCAGGAGAAGAUUUUUGCCCAACUUAUCGUCUUGCCUUCGCCCAUUGUAUCUACUCCUCACAGCUGGGAAAAGAUGGGAGUGGGGCAGAGCCCAAGAAGAUGCCUUCAACGAAAGCAAGCGUCUCAUGUUAUCUGCGCCCAUCCUUGCGCAUUUUGAUCCUGCCAAGCCGCUGUACCUUAGCUGUGACGCAUCUCCUUAUGGUGUUGGGGCUGUCAUAUCUCAAAAAGAAGCUUAUGGCAGAGAGCGUCCUAUCGCUUUUGCCUCCCGAAGCUUGUCUGAGGCAGAGCAACGAUACAGUCAGCUUGAUAAGGAGGCACUAGCCUUGGUGUUCGGUACAGAACGUUUUCACCAGUACCUGUGGGGAAUGUUCUUUAGAGCAUAUACUGAUCAUAAGCCACUUUUGGGAUUGUUAGGUGCCAACAAGCCGAUACCAGUUCAAGCAUCUCCUCGGCUCGUGAGGUGGGCACUCAAACUUUCCACAUAUCAGUACGAACUUUUGUAUAAACCUGGAAGGGAUCUUCUUCAUGCUGACGCAUUGAGUAGACUGCCACUUCCUGCUUGUCAGGAACAGCCAACUGUUCCAGCUGAAGUCUUCAUGCUUGAGCAAGCCUAUUCAGAUCUUCUGACGCCAACCAUUGUAGCUCGGGCCACGAAGAAUGAUCAUGUGCUUAGUCAAGUCUUCCUUGCUCUCUCAAGAGGUGAAGUUAUUUCACUGGGACCUGAGGGGUAUCCCUACAGUGCAAGAAGUGCUGAGUUGAGUCUUCAUGAAGGUUGUGUGCUUUGGGGAGCAAGAGCAGUUAUUCCUAAGGCAUUGCAGUCCAGAGUGCUCAAGAUGCUGCAUGCCGGACAUCCAGGCAUUGAGAAGAGCAAGAAGAUCGCCAGGAGCCAUGUUUGGUGGCCAGGGAUCGACAAUGACAUCAUGGGUAAUGUCAAGGCUUGUUCUAUUUGUCAAUCUCUGCAAAGGACACCAAGACCUGCUCAGCAGACACCAUGGCCAUUCCCUCAAAGGCCUUGGUCAAGGCUCCAUGUCGAUUUUGGUGGACCGUUUUUGGGUCAUACGUUUUUAGUCAUUGUUGAUGCAUACUCAAAGUGGGUCGAGGUGUUCCCCGUCAAGUCUACAUCUGCAGAAUCCACCAUUGAUGUCUUACGGUUGGUUUUUGCACAGCACGGACUCCCGGAUUUGAUUGUGUCUGACAAUGGACCUGCGUUCGCUAGUGCGCAGUAUUUAGACUUUUUAACACGUAGCGGCAUUCGUAGAAUGUUAGUACCCCCCUAUCACCCAGCAUCAAAUGGUGCUGCUAAACGUGUAGUGCAACUGUUAAAAACAAAUUGA